AUGUUAACAUGCACUGCUGCUUCAACUCCAGUGGCGAACCGGGCCUCAACAAGCCCAUUACCAUUUGGGUUGGGCCCACGUUCUGGGCUUUCGAUGAUACUAUCACCAAUUAAGACCCCUUCUUCAAGGCCUUCUUUGGUGGUGAGAGCCCAACAGACAGGAGGUCCAAAGAGAAUUGAGCCAAUGGUGACGUAUAUAGAGCGUACACCUUGUAAUACUUCCGAGAAUGAGGGCGAGAUCAGGAUGUGGUUUGACAUGCCAGGGCUUGCAGCUGAAAACAUAGAAGUGGAAGUUGUAGAUGACUUGCUCAUCAUCUUAGGAAAUGGGGAUGUUGAUGCAUUUGGAAACAAGAUUUUUGAACCUUAUAAUAAUAGGGUUCAACUUCCCACUAAUACUGUCAAGGAAGAAAUUACAGCUGUGAUUAAAAAUGGUGUUCUCUAUAUUACUGUGCCUAAAAUUACCAAGUCAUCUGAGCCCAAAGUUCAACAUAUUCCCGUUAGAUCCAUUUAA